AAAGCUCCCCAUCUCAUUACAACCAUCUCCCUGCUUUUUCCUCUUUCCUCUCUCUCUCCCUACCUCUUUCCCGCCGGUGGGGAAAAGGGGAGGGAAAAAACCUUUUGCUUCUCUCCUUCUCCCCCCUUCCGACCACCCCAAUUAUGCCUUGGACUUCUUCCUGCCGCCGCCUUCGCCACUACCACCUCCAUAACCACCAUCACCACGUCAUUCUUUCCCUUUGAUAAGCACUCUCGUGCCAUGUUCUUUAUUCUUCUUCCCAAACCACUCCUGGAUUCCGCUUUCGAUUCCGUCACCAUCUCCUCCAUCGCCAUACUCCUCCUCCUCUCCCUCCUCUCCCUCACUUUCAUCUUCCACCUCCAAAUCAAAUCCCGACGCUCUCACUAUUUGCAACGUUUCAAUUCCCUCUGGACCGUCCGUUUCCUCCUUGUCUCCUUCAUCACCUUCUGGGUCUUGAACGAGCACCUCCGCUUUCCCUUCUUCCGCCGCCGCUACCUCUACCCUUUCUCAUCUUCCCUCACCCUUUCCCAACAAGCCAAUCUCUGCAAAAUCCAACUUGUCCUCUCCCUCGGCUUCUUUGAACCCGGGUUCCUCGUCACCCUUCUUUUUCUCGUGGAUGUCUCGAUCAAGAAGAAAACCCCGCAUGGUUGUUAUGCCACCGCCUUCGUCUUAACCUCCUGCCUCCCAAUCCUUCUUUUACAAAUAUUCUUCGUCUUCUUUUCACAGAUGGAGAUUCACCUCCCGGAGAUCUUCCUUCGGAAUUCUUCAAUUUCUAAAGACAGUAACGGAAAUGAAAUGGUGGUGUGCGCGUAUCCAUUAUUGAGCACGAUUGUAUUCGGCGCUUUCAGCGCCGUUUACUUGCUGUUCUUUUUAUUAUCAUUUUGGAAGGUCGUGUCCAUCGUGAUCAACAAGGCGCUCCGGGAGCGGAUUCGCGCGCUGGCUUUCACGGUCAUGGCCACGGUGCCGUUGCAAGUCCUGUUCAUGGGGUUGUCGGUGUUGUGGAGACCCGAGAAGACGGCGUUCAGCGGGGCAGUGCUAAUUGUGUUCCUGACCAUGUUCGUAUGCGCAGCGGUGGGGGAGGGCAUUUUGGUCAUUAGACCCAUUGCAGAUUCCUUGGCCGCCGGAGGAGAGUGCUGUGGUUGGAGUUCGGAUAUGGCGUCGCAGUCGCCGCGGCCUCCUGUGGCCGUGGAGGAUGGGUGUGCUGCGCAGCCAUGAGGGAACAGGGGAGGGUAUUUCAGUCAAUUCGGAAAAAAAAUCGUGGAGUUUUCAGGAAUUCCGUAAUUCAGAGUGCAACUAAUUGAAGCUGUGAUUUCGAUUUGGAUAAUUCAUUUGCCCUUUAGUCGGAUUUUUUUUUUUUUUUUUAAGUUUUGUUUUUGUUUUUUUUUUAAUUCUUUUAUUUUUUGCAACAAUACAAAUUAAGAGGACAA